GUCUUCCUUUAUUUUAUAUAUAAAUAUAAAUAUAUAUCUUCUUUUCAGAAUGAUACUCGGUUUAAGAAUUUAAAUCAGAUAAAACUCAAAAGUCAAUUAAUUAAUCAUAAAUCAAUGGAUAACAUGACAUUCUCAACUUCUUUUUAGCUCUGUUGUAUUUUUGUUUGUCUUAAAAUCAAGUUUCCGUUGAGUGAUGAAAAUGGUGGAUAAAACUGAUGAAGAAAAGCAUUUUUCUUGGUGCUAUUUUCUUUUUCAUCUGCCCUUGCUGUUUUUCUUUUUAGCUUUCCUCUGUUUCUUAAGCUCAUAUGGAUUAUCUUCUCUCCUAGUAACAAUGGUAAUCUUGUUCAUCUCUACUUUUGUUUUCUUUGUAAGAUUUUUCAAGAAAAAAACAAGAGGCCAAUUGGUUGAUCGAUCUCAAAAAGAAGCCACUGUUGAUGAUGCUGCUAGUGAUAAUGAUAAUAUUGAGGAGGAGGAAGAUGGUCUCAUUGAGAUUCUUCUUGUGAAUGAAGAAGCAGAAACUAUAGCGGCAAGGAGGAACAUUAAUCAGAGUCGACAGAGAAUUAGGGUUGGUGAAGAUGAACAAGAAGAGAUAGAUGAUGUGAUUAUGGAAGAAGAAGAUAAUCUUAUUGAGAUUGACAUUUCCAUAGGAUCUAUUAAAAGACGAAGUAAAUGAAAUUUCCAAUUUUCCUUUUUGUUUUUUUCCCCUCAAAUGUACAAAGGCAGCAUUCUAAUAUUUUGAAGCUUUUGAUAUGAUUUAUAUCAAACUUUGUAUUGGUCAAUUAGCUUUGAUGGAUAGUACUAAUAGGAACAACUUAUAUAUAUAGGAUUUUGUCAUUUUUAUAUGGUUUCGCU